CAUCCCCAAGGGCCACUCACCAUCACUCCCUUCCCUCCUCCCAAAGAAAAUCCCCAAAGCCAAACAAAACGACCUUCGCCACCUCUUUCCACUUCAGCCAUGUCAAAUGAAUCCCAAACUAUGUCCCAUGAAGAGCUCAUUGCCUCAAAUAUAGCCUUGAAAGCCCAAGUAGAGUACUUGGCUAAAGAGGUAGCCAAGCUUACGAAGAUGAAGCUCAACGAGCUCCAAGGAAGUGACCGUGAAGAAGAAGUUAGCUCUAGUGGAACCAUGAAGCCUAAAGCCAAUGAAGGUUCUGACUUCAAAGUUGACAUCCCAACUUUUGAAGGGAAGAACGACCCGGACGAGUUCCUUGAGUGGCUAGAAACAGUGGAACGCGUCUUUGACUUCAAAGAUGUUUCCGACGAAAAGAAGGUCAAGAUAGUGGCCUUAAAGUUCCGGAAGUAUGCAUCAACCUGGUGGACUAAUACGUGCACCAAGAGGAGAAGAAACGACAAGGAGCCAGUGUCUACGUGGAUAAAGAUGAGGUCCCUUCUAAAGAAGAAGUUUUUACCCGCCGAAUAUGUUCGUGAGAAUUUUGCUAAGCUCCAAACGCUUAGGCAAGGAGAACUGUACCAAGAGGAAGAAAUUCACAUACCUUAUGCUACCGGGCAGAGGGAGUCGGAGAACCUCACCAAAUUCUUGAUGAGGUGGAGGGAAGAAGUCAACAAUGUGGAAGAGAUAGACGACAAGACGAUGUUGUCGCUCUUUCUGAGCGGCCUCAAGGCCGGGGAGCUGUAUAAAGAAUUUUGCAGGAGACUCCCUGCACCUACCAGGAAGCCUACAACAUGGCAUGGGAAUUUGCUGAAGUAGAAGAUCAGUACCACGCAAAGAAAGAAUAAGCCCGGUCUAGAAGGUGAUAGACACAACCAAGCUGGCUCGAGCGACCCCCAACCUCAUGGUGACCUGGUCAUAAGUGAGGUUUGGGGUGAGAAGUGCUAUGAAGUCCAAAAUCUAGAAAAAGAAGGUCAAGAAUGGUCCCGGGUAGAUAGGUAUUG